AUGGCCGAGCAGCGCCUCAGCCUUGCCCCAGGCCCGUCGCCCACCUCCGAGCAUGACAGCCCUCCGCGCGAGAUCACAAAGCAAUUUUCUAGCUCAGGCUCAGGCUCGAGCUCUUGGAAGAAACGGGUAUCCACCGCAUGCCUCGCAUGCAAGAAGUCUAAGCGCAAAUGCUCUGGCUCCGCACCUUGUGAAAACUGCCGUGCCUUCCAGAGGGUCUGCAUCUUUGAUGAAUCGCUCGAUCAGCGCCGCCGGGUGGCCGCGAAGCGCACUGCCGACGAACUUUCUUACCACCGUGACCUGCUGAACGAUCUCUUCCAGCUCGUCCGUGACGCCGACGAGCCCAAGGCCCUGCACUUACUGGGUCUGAUCCGACAAAACACACCAGCCAGCGAUAUUCGUGCCUAUAUCACUGAUACCCUGACCGACCUAGCCGUCGCAGGGAACUCCGCUUCCACCAGCAGCGUCAGCGGCAGCAGCCUCGCAACUAGCGAGGCGAUAUCAAAGAUCGAGGAUGCACGAAACCUGAUCAAUGUUGAGGGCACGACGCCCACGUUUCGCCGCAAAGUCAUGGAUAUCCAUUUCCUAUGCGACGAUGCCCCAGUCAAAGUCCCCGCCCACCCAUGGACCCGGGUUACUCAGGAUGCGGAUCUGGUGGCACAUCUAGUGUCGUUGUAUUUCACAUGGAAUUAUCCCUUCCAUGCGUUUCUGGACCAAGGGGUGUUUCUGAGGCAUAUGGCUCGUGGAGAGCUGAGCUCGGAGUUUUGUAGUCCUUUUUUGGUGAAUGCGUUAUUGAGUAAUGCCUGUUAUUUUUCCGAGUUCUCUGAAUCAUAUGUCGUGGAAGGAGAUAUUUCCUCCAAAGGAACCGACUUCCUCGCCGAGGCUGAGCGUUUGAAAGACGAAUUGCCCGUUCAGCCUAGUCUGGCGUCAUUGCAAGGCACACUACUCAUGUAUGAACGGUAUGCGAUGCUGCGAAAUGAUGAUUUGGGCUAUGUUACCCUGCAUGAAGCAAUUCGCAUGGGGGAGUCCUUGGGCCUGGUUGGGAGCAAAGGGCCGAGAUUGACUUCGGAGCAAUUGUCCCUAGACAUGGAUAUUUCAUGUAGGCGGACGGCCUGGGGCUUGUUUAAUCUUGACACUAUGGUACAUACGGGAUUUCUCCGCCCUUGUUUAAUUAACUAUGUCAAUAUACCGCGCAUAGAUCUUACUCUCCCCGAAGAUCAGUCGCUCUGGAGACCAUACCCGACGCAUAGAGAGGCUUGCUUGUCCUACUCAAGUCUUUUUUUUGAUGAGGCGUGUAACUUAUCCACAAUUGCGCGUGAUAUCUCGCAGAGCAUGUUUGCAGACCAGCGUGGCGCGAGUGGUGCAUUUGAUACCGAGACCGACCGUCGACAAAGCCGAGAUAAUUUAUAUGAACAGCUGAGACGUUGGGAUGAACUUUUGCCUGAAGCAAUUGAGAAUGGAGGGCAAUUUUCGCCGCAUGUUAUUCUCCUGAAGAUGCGGCAUAACACCCUGAUUAUCAAUUUGUUUAGUUGCAUUUCCAGAAAUCGAGUCCCCAGCACGACUUCCGAAGCUCCUAAGACCCCGGAGAGCCCUCCAUCUCAAACACUGGACUCAAAAUUUAAUGCAUGGGAGACCGCACAAGCCGCGGCUCGGCAAAUCGCCAUGCUCACACGGCUGCACCGUCGUGACUACGGCCUGGGUCGCGCGCAUCCGUUUGCCAUGUAUGCAAUCAACCUCGCCCUUUUCACAAUGCUGGAGCAGAAGUCAUUUGAUGUACUCGACUCGGACUUCCUCUCUCUCGCCAGCGCUUUCUCCAUUGUCGCCAGCCGGUCGGCGCUGGGGCGAAACCUGUUCCAUAUCUUCCGCCAAUCGGUGCGAGCCAAGGCGCAAGGAGAUCGACUCCGAGAUUCAACAAUGAUCACGGAUGAUGUCAAGGGAUUGUUCGACGAAUCGCCUUCGACGAAAGGUCACUCUCGCUUCGAUGAAUAUGCGGAGGGGCUCGAGAAACUAAACCGGGAUCGAAAGUAUCAUGGCAUUGGCAGUGAAUGGGGCCAAAAUCUCCAAGACUACCCCGGACUGGGAUUGUCAGAGAUGCUUGACCGUUAUGAGAGCUUAAGCCUGGGCAAAGACGAUGUUUUGACUGAGCGGUAUCGCCCCUUUGAAUGCUGA